GUUUUUGCGAACGCGCCGUGCAAAACUUCCAGCAACUCCGCCCUGCAAUAUUAGCAGUUUCAAUACUUUAUAUAAACGAACAAUCGACAGAACAAACGGCAUCAUGAAGGUUGUUCUUGUGAGCGGCGGAGUUAUCUCUGGUGUCGGCAAAGGCAUUAUCGGUAUGGCAAUUGACGAGCUGUGCUGAUCUUCUCAACGACUGACACCAAUGUUAGCCAGUAGCGCUGGUCUUCUUCUCAAGACUCUUGGUCUUCGAGUCACGGCGAUCAAAACCGAUCCUUAUAUCAACACCGAUGCUGGUCUUCUCAAUCCUCUCGAGCAUGGCGAGUGCUUCGUUCUCGAUGAUGGCGGCGAGACCGAUCUCGAUCUUGGAAACUACGAGCGAUACCUUGGCAUCCAAUUGAGCCGUGACAGCAACAUCACCACUGGCAAGAUCUACCAGCAGGUCAUUGAGAAGGAGCGACGAGGAGAUUACUUGGGAAAGACUGUUCAGGUCGUUCCCCACAUCACAGAUGCUAUUCAGAACUGGAUCGAGCGCGUUGCCAAGAUCCCAGUUGACGCUUCUGGCGAAUCACCAGAUGUUUGCAUUAUCGAGCUUGGCGGAACAAUUGGUGAUCUCGAAUCCGGUCCUUUCGUUGAGGCCCUUUCACAAUUGCGACACAGACUCGGCCGCGACAACUUCCUCAGCAUCAGCGUUUCCUACGUUCCUAUCAUCAAUGGAGAGGAGAAAACAAAGCCCACUCAGCACGCCAUCCGACAAGUUCGAAGCGCCGGUUUGAUCCCCGAUGUGAUUGCUUGCCGUUGCGAACGAGAGCUCGACGUUGCCACCAUCACAAAGAUCGCCCGAAGCUGCCAAGUCGAAGAUGAGCAAGUCAUUGGCGUCCGCAACAUGGACACAAUCUACCAGGUCCCUCUCCUUCUCGAGCAGGAGGGUCUUCUUAAGCUUCUGCGCAAGGGUCUCGCCCUUGAGAAGCUUGAGGUUGCUCCUCCCAUGGCCCAAAAGGGCCAAGCACUUUGGGACCUCUGGAAGAAGACCGUUGUUCCCGAUCGACACCUCGAACCCGUCAACAUCGUCUUGGUUGGCAAGUACGUCAGCCUUGACGACUCGUACCUCAGUGUUCACAAGGCACUUGAGCACUCUGCUAUGCGAUGCAAGCGCAAGCUGAACCUCAUCUCCGUCGAUUCCGAGCACCUCGAACCCGAUAUGCAGCAGAAGGACCCCCGAAAGUUCCACGAGGCUUGGGCUCAUGUUGUUCGAGCUCAGGGUAUCAUCGUUCCCGGUGGUUUCGGUACUCGAGGUAUCCGUGGUAUGGUUGAUGUCGCCAAGUGGGCUCGUGAGCGAAAGCUCCCCUACCUCGGCAUCUGCUUGGGUAUGCAAACUGCUGUCAUUGAGUACGCUCGCAACGUCAUGGGUCUCAAGGAUGCGACGUCCGAGGAGUUCUCGGCCACCGCUGAGCACAAGGUUGUCAUCUUCAUGCCUGAGGGUUCCAAGGAGAAAAUGGGUGGUACCAUGAGACUUGGUAGCCGAACAAGCCACUUCAAGCCUGGCACCGAAUGGAGCAAGCUCCGAGCUUUGUACGGAGGAGCCGAUGUCGUGGAGGAGCGUCACCGACAUCGCUAUGAGGUGAACCCUGACUACAUUGAGGAUCUCGAGAAGGCUGGUCUUUCCUUGACCUCAAUGGAUGACCAAGGUGUCCGAGUUGAGACCAUUGAGUUGAAGGAUCACCCCUUCUUCGUCGGUCUCCAGGCUCACCCUGAGUACAAGUCCAAGACCUUGGCCCCCGCACCUUCGCUGCUCGGUCUUGUCGCCGCCAGCUCCGGAUGCCUCGACGAGAUUAUCGAGGCCGCUCGCGUGAAGAAGGAGGCCACCAACGGAGUCAGCGACGUGACCAAUUUUUAGAUGGCGCAGUUCAAUGUCAGGCUUAGACUGGGAUACGGUCCCACGGAUUGGGGGUUACGGGCUUAGAUCUACGUAGGACGUGAGAUAAUGAGGCUUUUUAGACUGCAUGGUCGGCGUUGGGUGCUUAAAAAUGAACUAUACCUUGGCGAAAAUGAUAGACAUGAAUUUACAGAUGCUUUGUAUACUGAAGUGCUC